AACAUGUCGACGAUUGAAAAUAUAGCUGUCAAUAUCAAAGAAAGGAUUGGAGUGCAACAUUUCAAUGUUUUAUUAGACGAUGCCCAAGAUAUUUAUUACAGCGGUAAAAUAAUAACUGGCAAAGUUGGUAUUAUUUUCAAUUCGCCAGUAACUAUUACAAGUAUCAAAGUAUUAUGCAAAGGAGAAGCACAAGUACAUUUCACAAGCCGUUCUGCUGGAUUUAAAAGAAGAUUUAAAACCGAGGAAAUUUAUUUACAUGAAGAAAUUGAUUUAAUUGACGCAAAUGUUGAAAUAAAAAACAAUGAUUUUUCAUUUAAUUUACAACUGCCAGAAAAAUUGCCAUGCAGUUUCGAGGGUCGAUAUGGACGCGUACGUUACUCAAUAUGCGCUAGUUUGAAUACAAACGAAAAUUUAAAAAUUUAUUCCGAUACACUGCCAUUUACAGUAGCACCUAUUUUUGAUUUGAAUAAUCAUCCACUCGCACCGUUGCCUAUAAGUGAAAAUUGUACAAAAACUUUAAUGGGACAUGCCGAGCCAUUCACCGUGUCAGUAUUCCUUCCAGUACGUGGAUACGUACCAGGACAAACAAUUCCAUUGAAAGUUAAUUUUAAAAAUGAAUCAAACGUUGAAUUUAAAAAAUUACGUGUUGUAUUAAAAAAGGUCGUUUUGUAUCGUUCAAUGGAGAAUGUUCGUAAACACAAAGAAAUAGUUGUGGAAAUUGAACAGCCAAUUGAUAAAAAUAACAACGUUUAUAAUUCUGAAUUUGACGUCCCGGCAAUUCCGCCGACUGGUACUAUUUGUAACCUUAUUGAUGUUGAAUACAAGCUUAAAAUCGAGGCUUUUGCUGAUAUUAAUGAAUGGUACUACAAAAUUUUUUAUAAGAAUUUGAAAAUACGGAUAGAUAUUAUUAUUGGAAGUUUGCCAUUGAAAAAUUAUGAAGAUCCUAUUGAUUUGAGCGAUGAUUCGCGUAAUAGUAAAGAGCAAAGUGUUUUGAAUGUUGAAAAAGGACGACUUAAAUACCAAAGAAGCCGAAUAUAUCGCUCAUCGAAGCCCGAUCUUGAUGAAACAGACGAAGAAAGAGACAAAGAAAGCAUCCAAGAGUUUUCUCCGAUGUACCGCGUCUAUGAAUUUAAACACUCGAAUGUCAAAGCUACUGAAUAACGAUUAACGAUUUAUUAAGUAAAGAAUUAUCAAAAUAUAACAUUUAAAAUCAAAUCAAUCAAUCGAUAAAUAUACAUACUAACCGCGAAAGCAAGCGAAAAAUUGCUGAGUUGAAUUAAUAUAAUUUUAACGAAGAUUUAUUUUACAUAAAA